UGUCAGCAGCAGCGGUUCCGUGUCCGUCCGUCCAACGUGAGCGUGGUGGAAGGAGACAGCGCCAUCUUACGGUGUGAAGUGCAACACCAAGUCGGGCAGCUCCAGUGGGCCAAGGAUGGAUUCGCUCUCGGUUACUCUCGGUCACUUCCCGGUUACGAUCGGUACCGAAUGCUGGGUGACCCGGGGUCAGGAGUGCAUGACCUGGAGGUCACCAACGUGACCCUGGAGGACGACGGUCGGUUCCAGUGUCAGGUGUCGCCGAAUCGGGGUCAGGACGCCAUCCGAGCUGACGCCAUACUCACCGUUCUAGUGAAGCCGAGGGCGGUACGGGUCAGCUCUUCUGCUCGGUCGCCGAGGCCGGGUCAGUACGAGACCCGGGUCGGCGGUGAGGUGACCUUGACCUGUGACGUCAUCGGUGCUCGGCCGGCUGCCCAGGUGCGCUGGGAGAGAGACGGCAUCCCCAUCCAGCCAGCGCGAAGGGACUCGUUUUCUGGCUGGGGCCACCCGGGCCGUAACGAUACGACCUCUGUGGUGACCCUGCGACCCACGGCAGCCGACGACGGAGCCGGUAUCUCCUGUGUGGCCCAGCACCCGGCCAUAGCGCCGGAAGAUCAACAGUACUUCAACUCGACAAUAAUCUUAUCCGUCCUAUAUGCCCCGGGAGCGCCUACCAUCACCGACCAUACUGAGGGCGAGUGGGUCUCGGUCGGUGAGCAGAAGACCCUGACGUGCGUCUCGGUGGGAGGUAACCCUCCGGCUGACCUCGUGUGGUUCCGUAACGGCCAGCCAGUGACCUAUCAGUACCGGGCGCAGGCCGGCCGCGCCAUGGCCCAGCUGGUGCUCACCGUCGAACGCGACGAUCACGGCGCAGAGUUCCGCUGCGAGGCCUCCUCCAAGAUGCACCCGGCGCCGAUGGUCACCCACGCCCAGCUCAACGUGCAGUUCGGUCCAGAGAGAGUCACAGUGUCGGGAACACAGGAAGCCAGAGGUGGAGAUACAGUGCACAUGUCCUGUAUCACAUCCAGCAGUAACCCGCCCGCCAACAUCACCUGGGUCAUCAACGGCAGAACCAUGAUGAACAUGAGUCAGUCUCACGCGCCGAGUCCGGCCGGCAGCGGCUGGGUCACCCGCUCCAACAUGUCCACCAUGGUGCCGCCCGGCCUACAGGAGGACAUGCUCGUCUCGUGCCAUGCUCUGAACCCUCGACUGGGCGUCACCAAACAGGGCGCUCAGAAAGUCACCGUGCUGCAUCCUCCGGAGCCGCCGACGAUCCUGGGCUACGAGUCGGGCUCCCACCUGCGGGCCGGAGAGCGGGUGUCUCUCUCGUGCGUCUCGCAGGGCGGCAACCCGCCGGCCACGCUCACCUGGUACCGGGGCGACACGGAGCUGGCCUCGAGCACAGAGGUGCGCGACAGCGUGGCCAGGAGCGUGGUCACGUUCCAGGUGGACCACGCCGACAACGGACGCGCUUACACCUGCCACAGCACCAACUCGGCCAUAACGGGCGUGCAGUCAGCCAGCGUCACCUUGAGUGUCUUUUUCCCUCCGUCGAGCCUGAAGCUGGAGGUGCGUCCGGACGUGUUGCGGGCGGGUAGUCAGGCUCUGCUGACCUGCGAAUCGAGACCGUCGUACCCGGCGGCUGAGCUGACCUGGUGGCGAGACAACGUCCAGGUCACCGACGGGGUCACCGCACUGGAGACCUUCAAAGCCGGCAGCAUGGGCGGGACGUCGAGCCGAGUGCAGCUCCGGAGGAAUCUGACCACCUCUGACGACGGAACCGUCUACCAGUGUCGCUCAGAGACCCGGGACGUGGCUGGCGACGUGCGGGACCAGGUCACACUCAACGUUCACUAUCCGCCCACAUUCCCGAAGCGGAUUUACACCGAGGAUAUCGAGGAAGGGGAGUCACGGCGGAUCAACAUUACGGCCCGAGGCAACCCCGGUGACAUCUCGUACCACUGGUACCGCGUGUCGACCAUAGAUGGCACUAGGGUGAUGGGCCACGGACCCGUGCUGAACGUGGUGCGCGUGGCGCGGGAGGACGCGGGGCUGUACUACCUAGAGGCCAUCAACAGCGAGGGCAACUCGAGCGUCAGCGUCAGCAUCAACGUGCAGUACAAGCCGGAGCUGAUCGCUGUCUCGGAGAGCGCCGUGGUGUCACCCGGAGUGGACGGCGUGUUAUCCUGCUCCGCCAGUGCCAACCCCAGCCCGCCAGACCUCAUCACCUGGCACCGGGAGGGAUUCGACUUCAGCUCGCCUCGGGUCAACAUCCACAGCCGCAACGGCACCUCCUACCUCACCCUGUACAACGUCACCAAGGAGGACAGCGGGCGGUUCGAGUGUCGUGCUGCCAACGAACUGGGACAGACGGAGGCGAGGACGGCACUCCUGGUCAGACACGCCGUGGAGCUGGAAGGAGCCGGGCGGGUCGGUCGGGCGGCUGCUCAGCUGGGGGACACGGCACAGGUCCCGUGUCGCGCACGAGGUGUGCCCAAUGUUACUUUCGAAUGGAGCACCAACGGAACAGCUAUCCUGACGGCAGAGACGGGCAAAAAGUACCAGCAGAAGGACACUCAGAUUGACUUGGUAACGUGGCAGUCGGUGCUCCGUAUCAAGGACGUGCAGCCCUCGGACUACGCCACAUACGAGUGUGUCGCCCUCAACGAGCUGGGCUCUCAGCGUCAGCAGAUAGAGCUGGGCCGUCCCAGUGCACCGGACCCUCCGCUGGGUCUGAAGGUGGUCAACGUGUCCCACGACUCGGCCACCGUGGCCUGGGAAGCCGGCUUCGACGGCGGACAGGAGCAGAGGUACAAACUGCGGUACCGGCAGUCCCCGGGUACCGAGUACCACUACGACCCAGUGCCGUCGUCCUCCGGUACCCAGUUUACCGUCACCGGCCUCCGAGCCAGCACGCGGUACACCUUCUCCGUUAUGGCCUACAACACUCUCGGCAGCAGCGCUUACUCACAGGAGGUUACGGCAAAGAAAACAGCGAGUCCGCCGCCCGUCAGCUACGUCACUGACCGCGACGAGCCGGGCGGACCGGCCGCCUUCCCGCGCGUGGCCGUCAUCUCCGUCACCGCCGUCGGCGCCCUCCUGCUCAUCCUAAAUGUCAUCUUCAUCGGCUGCUACCGCCGGCGCCGGCACCUCAAGAAGCAGAAGGCCGCCAGCGAGGCGAGCACCAAAUCGGAGACACUCCACAUGUACGGCAACGAGACGGUCAGCUCGGUCUCUGUCAAAAGUGGCGGCAGCUACAGCCGGGAAGACAGUGUCGCCGACUUCGAGGAUGACAUGAGUCGGCGCCGGUACGACACGUUCCUGAGCGACUCGCCUCUGGAGCCUCCGGUGGAGUACGGCGGUCGUCCCAGCUCUCCGGACCGGGCCGACUAUGAGCCGCCCGAGCAGUACGCCGAUGCGCUGCGACGCAACUCGUACGCCUGCACAAUGGGUGCUGGUGUCGAGCCGAUGAGCAGCAAGCUGAACACGACGUACGUGACGCAGCCGCCAAGAGCGCCGCACUUCCGUCCAUCGGCUCUAGACGCACCCACACCGGACCUGCUGCACUCGAGCGGGCCCGGCUCAGGCUACUUUCCGCCGGAGCCGCCGGCCGGUCCCGGCCGCCACUACUCGACGCUGCCGCACCAGCGGAGGGCAGCCGCCGCCACCGCCGCGGCGCCCCUGUCCAGCUUCAGCCGGCAGUGCUCCAGGCUGGCCAGCCCGCCGCCGACAGUCAUCACGGAGACACCGCCCCUCGAGCAGCGGGGACACCUGGUGUAGCGAACCCCUGGGACUGGGACUGUAUAGUGAACCCGUCCCUGGGGCAACGACAACUCCUUGUGUGGCGGACCUCUGGAACAGCGGGGACUCUGGCGUAGCGCACCCUAUCCUGAUUCCAUCUUGCGUUUUGUCUUAUUAACAUUGAUGCUGCCACGUUCAUUUGUUCAUGAUAAUCCAUCUUUUCAAAGCUCGUGCUGACCCCCGUUCACUGAAUUUUAUGUCAGUCUUCCCUAGACCCUGACCUUUGACCUGUCACCGCUGCUCUUCCCAUCCCGACCUUCCCGUCGUCUCGCCACCCAUCUGAGCGAGUGGCUCGGCUGUGAUAUCGCGGAUCAUACCCAGUGACCGUCUGUCACCGGUGGGGGUGACACAGACGCCCGUCACUUGGUGACCAUAGUGGCCCGAAGUGGCAGUGGCAGACUGGCAAAGCACCGUGAAUUGCGCUGGCGACCGUCCGAGCGUCAGUUUCAACUUACUGAUGCGGCUACGGUGGGACUCAUCUUCUCAGCAGAAGUGGGAAUUCGUGCCGCGUUGGUAAUCGAUGUCAAGCGUCUAACGAUAUGUGAGGACAAGUGUGUUGUGCAAAGUAACAGUGGACACUGGACAGUGCACAGAUGCACACAUUUGAAAUGAACAGUGCGGAACGGGAUAUCGUUACGCUGUUCUGUGAGUUCGUUUGUGAUUAUCAAACGCAAUGUCAUGACGAGUGCUCUGAGCAUGAACUGUAUGAAGUAACGAAUGCUAACAAAUCUGGUUUUAAAUGUGCAUGCGGGGUCUGUGAAGCUCAUGACGUUUCGAAUAGUGUGAGGUGAAUGCGUAUGUAUACCUGAGAAAAUGCAUUUGUGUUUGUAAAAUGAACGCACAUCAUUAUUCGCCCCUACAUCAACCAGUCCUUUCUCGGAGGGACGCUUGGGUUUGUUAUACCCAAUGUCCGCCCUUCCUUCUGUGCACGUGCACGCGAGGGGGAACGGGCCAUCUAAACCCAGCGGUCAUGGCCUGCGCUCCUCUUAUAUCUUGUGCAUUCGCAUCGUCUCAUCAUCAUUGCUCUAGUCAUGCGACGAGGUGUGUUCAACGACGGAUCUGUGUUCCGUAAACCGUGUGAUCAAAGGCGCGGUGGGCUCCACUGCACUUCCACUUAGUGGUACGUUUGUCAGAAAUGUGCAUGGUCCUCUUUUUAACUGCGACAUGUUUGUACAGAAAAUACAGAUACGGAUGUUU